AUGGAGAACCUCGGAAAGAUUUCGGCGUUCGGAAAGAACAUAUCCGCUUCUUUCACACCUUGGGCUGCCAGGACGCAGCAGUAUGUCAAGGAGCAAGUCGGCAAUGUCGAGGACAAGGUGCGGCUACCCUGUCUGGCUCGCUGCCAUACUCAACUCCCCCCGGACUACAUCGAGCUCGAGAAGCGCGUCGAUGCGCUGAAGAAGGUGCACACAACCAUGCUGCAGGUGACCUCACAAUACGCCAACGAAGCCUACGACUACCCAGCCAACAUCCGCGAAUCCUUCAACGACCUCGGACGCACCGUCUCUGAGAAGGUCAACCUCCUCUCCAGCGCCACCUCGCCCGCCGAAGCCCAGGCUGCCCUCACUGCUCCCCCCUCGGCAAAGCCCCAGCCCAAGACGUUCAACCAUGCCAUUGCCCGCGCCGCCCUCAACUCGUCGCACAUGCUCACAUCCGAGCAAACAGGCUCGAGUGAAGACCCCCUUGCUACCGCUCUCGAGAAGUACGCCAUUGCCAGCGAGAAGGUUGGUGAGGCGCGAUUGGCGCAGGACGCCCAGAUCCAGAGCCGCUUCCUGGCCGGCUGGAGUACCACCCUCAACACCAACAUCCAGUUUGCCACACGUGCUCGCAAGGCAGUGGAGAACUCGAGGUUGAGCCUGGAUGCGACCAAGGCCAAUGCAAAGGGUCCUGCUUUCACUCUGCCUGGUCAGGCUCCAAAGACGGCCAUGGACGACGACAUCAGUGAAGAGGCGAGAGCCAAGAUUGAGCAGGCUGAGGAUGAGUUUGUUGGCCAGACUGAGGAGGCCGUCGGUGUCAUGAAGAAUGUUCUCGACACCCCCGAGCCCCUCCGCAACCUCGCCGAACUCAUCGCCGCCCAGCUCGAGUACCACAAGAAGGCAUACGAGAUCCUGUCAGAGCUGGCUCCUGUCGUCGAGCAGCUGCAGGUUGAACAGGAGACUGGUCCAUUUCUUGGACGUGAAAUUGCCGGGUUUGCUUCACAUUCGGACGGGAUCUAUUCUAUCAACUCAGUCAAUGCUUUCUCUGUUCAACCAUUCCAUUGCUGGGACGCGACAUCUACACACGCCGCGAUAUAUCAAACGUGCAGCAACUAUAAAAAUAUGCCGUACUCUCAUCACAGCCAUUCCGGCCAGUUCUGUGGACAUGCGCAGAACACGCUCGAGGAAGUUGUCCAGGCAGCAAUAGCCAAAGGCUUCCACACCUUCUCCUUGACGGAGCAUAUACCCAGACCAUUUGAAGACUUUUAUCCCGAAGAAGCCGACUCCCACACCGUGGACAGUCUCGCGAAGCUGUUCGAUGACUUUAUCAUCGAGGCCCACCGGCUACGAGACGUAUACUCAAACCAGAUACAGAUCCUCAUUGGUUUCGAAACCGAAUACAUCCGUCCAUCCACGCUUCAAAUCAUUCGCAGCAUCCUCGACAAGUAUACUUUUGAUUUCUUCAUGGGCUCUGUCCACCACACACACACAAUACCGAUCGACUACGACCGCACCAUGUAUGAACAGGCUAGAGAUAAAGCAGGUGGGACGGACGAGCGGCUUUUUGAAGACUACUUCGACUCUCAGUACGAGAUGCUUCAAGAGCUACGGCCACCAGUGGUCGGACAUUUUGAUCUUAUUCGCCUACUUAGCGAUCAUCGCGAUGCCGAUUUCAAGGACAUGGCUGGUGUUUGGGACAAGAUACAGCGAAACUUGGAAUUCGUAGCCUCGUAUGGCGCUCUUCUCGAAUUGAACUCGUCCGGGCUGCGAAAAGGUUUGGCCGAGCCAUAUCCGUGCUUGCCCAUAUGUCAGAUGUUCUUAGCCAUGGGAGGUGGUUUCGUCAUGUCUGACGACAGUCAUGGAAUCGACCAGAUAGGUACAAACUAUGUGCGGCUAUUGGCCUUCAUACAAAAGGCAGGGAUAGACCGGAUACAUUACGCUGACCGGGCCGGUGUGCGCAAAGACAGCCGCUUCCCCAAUGCGGGCUUCUCUAGUGUUGCUGUAACCGACCUGGCGCAAUCACCAUUCUGGGCGAACAUAAGGUGA